UUGAAUGAAGCUCAUUGGGGUUUGAAAUAUCCAGCCUGUGUUGGUUCGCACCAAUCUCCAAUUGAUAUCCAGAGGAAAAAAGUGAAGUUUAAUAUGAGCCUACCCCAUUUAGAGUUAAGUGGAUAUGACGGACUACACGAGGAACCAUUCCUGAUGAUCAAUAAUGGACAUUCAGUUGCAAUAAACUUGCCACCCUCCAUGUUUAUCAGCAAAGGGUUGUCAAAUCGUUACACAGCGGUGCAGAUGCAUUUCCAUUGGGGUGGCCUUGACUUGGAGAGCAGUGGCUCAGAGCAUACAAUUGAUGGCAUCCGCUAUGUGGCAGAGCUGCAUAUUGUUCAUUAUAAUUCAGACAAAUACAGCAGUUUCUUGGAAGCUUCAGAUAAAGCAGAUGGAUUGGCUGUGCUUGCGUUUUUCUAUGAGGAUGGACACUUCGAAAACACAUACUAUAGUGACUUCAUAUCCAGCUUAAGCAAAAUCAGAUAUGCAGGGCAAUCCACAGAAAUACAGCCGAUAGACAUUACCACCUUGCUGCCUCAUAACCUCUCAAACUUCUAUAGGUACAGAGGCUCUUUAACAACUCCACCUUGUUUUGAGUCAAUAAUCUGGACUAUUUUUGACACACCAAUUGUGCUCUCAUCUAAUCAGAUCAGACUAUUGGAGACUUCUGUGCUGGACUGGGAAAACAAAACUUUGAGAAAUGAUUAUCGACAUGCACAACCUGUCAAUGAUAGAAUUGUGGAAGCCUCUUUUCAACCUGCCCUGAUGAAAGACAGCAAACUGCCUUUUUAUCCCAGUUUUCACUUCUGUGAGGAAAGCUUUUCCAGUUAUGUUCAGAUCCAGACCCUUUGCAGCAUGAAUCUCAGUUCCUUUACCAUCUGCUUGUGGGUCAGAACAAGAGAUAUCCAGCCAAGAAUUCUUCUGUCGUAUGCAACAGCAGAUAGUGACAACGAACUGGUCAUCUCUGUGGGUCUCGACUGGGGGCUAUGGAUUGGAGGGCAUUUUGUGAGCAUGCCAUUGUCUUUCAGUCCAAAUGAAUGGGUGCACUCCUGUGUGACAUGGACAUCUCAAUCAGGGGCUGUGGAAAUGUGGAAUAAUGGGCUGUCAGGAAAGAUCAAUUAUCUUAAGAAAGGGUAUGUUAUUAAAACUGGUGGUACUGUGCUGCUGGGUAAAGAUCACGAUGGCAUUGUGGGCGUGUUAUCUGAUGCUUUCAUUGGUGACAUUAGCGCUGUUAACAUGUGGGAUUAUGUUCUCACUCCCUUGGAAAUUCGAAAUUUAAUGGAAUGCCGAUACAGGUGGAAAAGGGGAAAUGUUAUAGGUUGGGGGAAGAGUUCCACAACAGUGUUUGGUGGGGUGAAACUGGAAGAGGAUAGCACUUGUUUGGGGUAA